GAUGUCCUAUAAACAUCAAGGUGUAGCUUCGUAAGGUUUCAACAGUAGUCAUUUCUUUGCCCAAUCCGCGUCCUUUAUUUAGUACGCUUAACAUUCUAAUUACGCAAUCCGCUUCCCGGGGUGAAUAGGUGGACAUUUCACGGAAGCAGACCGGUCGAGAGGGAGGGGAGAGGGAGAGGGAGAGAGAUGGCCGGCAUGGGGGAUGGGUACGUGGGUACGGCGCAGGAUGCGGUGAGGAUAAGAAGGCUGGAGAAGCAGAGGGAAGUAGAGAGACGCAAAAUCCAAGAGCUCAAGAACAAAUCUGCCUCCGUUGGUGGUCAGACUGGUCUCCUCCAAUUCGGUUCCGGCACCUCUGAGAUUCUUGAGACUGCUUUUAAAAAGGAAACCGUUGGUCUUGUAACUAGAGAGCAAUACGUUGAGAAGAGGGUUAAUAUCCGGAACAAAGUCGAAGAGGAAGAGAAGGAGAAGCUUCAAAAACUGCAACAAGAGGAGGAGGAACUUCAAUUGCAAAAACGGAAGAAGAGGAGGAUAAAGGGGAAUCCUCGCUUGUCAUUUUCUGAUGAAAUUGAGAACGGAAGUGAUGAGGAUGUAGACAACAACAAUCAAGAAUCAAAGAAGUUUGGCCAUGGUAAGUUUGGCAAGGAUCCAACAGUGGAGACGAGUUUCUUGCCAGAUAGUGAGCGAGAAGCAGAGGAACAAGCUGAACGGGAGCGGUUGCGUCGGCAGUGGCUCCGUGAACAGGAGCAAAUCAGAAAUGAGCCGCUGGAAAUUACUUACAGCUACUGGGAUGGAGCGGGCCAUAGGAGAGUGAUUCAGGUUCGCAAAGGUGAUACCAUUGGAGAAUUUCUUCGAGCUGUUCAGCAGCAACUUGCGCCCGAGUUCCGAGAGAUUCGAACUACCUCAGUGGAGAACCUGCUUUAUGUAAAAGAAGAUUUGAUCAUUCCUCAUCAACAUAGUUUCUAUGAGCUAAUCAUCAACAAAGCAAGGGGAAAAAGUGGACCGCUUUUCCACUUUGAUGUUCAUGAGGAUGUACGGACGAUUGCCGAUGCAACUAUAGAGAAGGAUGAGCCACACUUGCUGCAUGGACCACUUAAAGCUGUGCAUCAAGUGGGUCCUACCACCACAGAGAUGAUAUGUUCCAAGAACCGGGCUAGUCAGUUCAGCAGUCCCAUGCUGGGAAGGUGGUGGAGAGACAUUGGUACGAGAAGAACAAGCAUAUUUUUCCAGCUUCUAGAUGGGAGAUAUACGAUCAGACGAAGAAAUGGGAGCGUUAUACAAUUCAUGGGGAUUAAGGGUCCCCUUGGAAGCUUCAUUCUUGGAAUUCAAAGCAAUUAUUACCUUCUCAUCUUUAUACUAUCACUUUGAUCUCAUCGGCAUGUGGGAAGAAGGAUGCCUUAUAUGUAUUUGCCAGAGUAGGCAGACACCCAGAGUAGAAAAAUAUGCAGCUAGUCGAUGCAUGCAUGCUUCUUAUGUUGUUA